AUGUCCAGGGAGCAAAUUAGAGAGUUGGGUGAUGGCUUGGUGAGGAGCGGUUGCAGGUUUCUGUGGGCGGUGAAGGAUAAGAAAGUUGACAUCGAAGAUGAUGAGAAACUGACUGAGGUGCUUGGAGAGGAAUUAUUGGAGAGGGUGAAGAAAAAUGGAUUGGCAGUGAAGAACUGGCUGAACCAGGAGGAGAUAUUGAGCCAUCCGGCCAUCGGUGGGUUUUUAAGUCACUGUGGCUGGAACUCUUUGUCUGAGGCUCUCUGGAACGGUGUGCGCAUAUUAGCAUGGCCGCAACAUGGGGAUCAGAAAGUCAAUGCGGAUUUGGUGGAGAGAAUUGGACUCGGAACGUGGGAUAAGAGUUGGGGUUGGGGUGAUAGGGAGACGGUGGUGAAAGCAGAGGACAUUGCACAGACGGUUAGUGAGGUAAUGGGAAACGAUUUGUUGAAGUUGCAAGCAUUGCACAUUAGAGACGAGGCUAGAAGGGCGGUUGGAGAUGACGGUAGUUCUACAAAGAGUCUCGCUGCUCUCAUCGACACAUGGAAGAAGUUUCAGGAACUCGGAAAUGCUCAAGGAAAGUCAUUGUGCAAAUCUGGAAAUUUCCAGGCCGUGGCCGUUUGGCUAUCUUUCAAGCCAUUUUCCGGCCAACUUUGGCCACUACUCGGUCCCUACUUGUAUGAAUCUCUUUUCCACAUUACUAACUACGUUUUGGCUUUUGAAUCACUCAAUUUGGUUAAGAACGAAGAAGUUACGAGUCUUUGA